CAAGUUCCUGGUCUACUUUGUGGGCCUGGGGUGGUGGUGGUGGGGGGGGGGCACACAGCUGGAGACACUUUGUGCGCAUUGAAGCGGGACGGCAUGGCCAUUGUGUGCCGGUGCAAAUAUCUGGAGGCCGCCGCUGCCGCCGGGCGGGGGACGCAAGCGGCCUGAAGCUUCCCAGCGCUCUUCUCGACAUGAGCCGCUCGGAUGUCAUGUACCCCCAGAGCUAUGGAGCACACCUCCUGCCCGCGGACGCCUACGCCUCCACCUACUACAACCAGCAGCCACAGAGGAGGCUGAGCGCUCACCCGAAGAUGCACACCUGCUCCAGACAGCAGCAAGCUGGAGGACGAGGGAUACUAGCCAGAGACCAGGGCCUUCGACUUGGUCUUGGGGCCGAAUCUGGAUGUGUGUCGAUGCCUGACUUGGAUCCGAAAGACGGACCUCAACCGGCAGAGGCGGAGUACCUAAACUCCCGGUGUAUUUUGUUUACGUACUUCAAAGGAGACAUCGGCGAUGUGGUGGAUGAACACUUCUCUCGUGCCCUCAGUCAGUCGGCUGGACUUACCAGAGAGACGAAGCCGUUUCGUACGAGUCCGCAGCCAUCUGCUUCGAGCACAACCAACACAUGGAAAGAUGGCGAGUCCCUUCCGGAGAGUCAAAACUGCUCGGUCUGGAACAACACCUAUCCAUCCCAUUCCACCACCUGCCUCCACCCAGAAUUCUCAUCCAGUCCCAUUUCCCUUAACCACACCGACGGAGGUCUUUGGACGGGUCACGUACUCUCCAAUGGCAGCUUCCAACCGCUGGCGACCCUCGCUGACAGCUGGACCUACAGCCUGAACCCCCAAAGCCCGAGCGGCUACCCCAACGUCCAUGACGUCUACCACCCUCACCCCCAUUCCCACAUCCACACUCGGCACCGUCACCACCACCACCCCAUGUUCCAGUCAUACCCAAGCCACAGCGGGACGUUAGAUUCCAGGUUCAGUCCUCUUCUUCUGCCUGGUGUGAGGAACCACAACCAGCCCUCGGCCAGUGCAGGGAGUUCCCCGCACAGCGAGGGCGCAAAGACAGAAAUGGAGGCCAGUAGUACAAGCCCGGUCACGGCUUCAUCGGUCUCCUGGACCCCCUCACCCAUCCAUGGAUCCUUGGAGUUGUUUGAAGCAGCUCAUGACCCAACCAAAGCAAAGUCCUCCGUUUGGUUCUAAGUCUUGAUGUGGAACUGGAAGGCUUUCUGACUCAAAGUGGCACCAUCCGUUUGGUUCUAAGUCUUGAUGUGGAACUGGAAGGCUUCAGAUUCAAAGUGGCACCGUGUGGUAGAAACUGAACAGUCCAGCCUUAACGAGAACAUCCUUGAGAAGGCAUCACCAAUGUACUUUAGGGAUGACUGGACUAUGGACCCUUGGUCAAGACCAUGGGACUUGACGGACGGACCCAUUAAGGGGAGCCUCUGUGACCGACAAGAGGACAAAGGUCUCCUCCAACCUGUAACAUAUUUUGUAAGGUGGUUCUGUUACAGGAACUUUAGUUUUUAGUAGUCCGCUUUUGCCUUUUUGGAGGCUGAAUGCUACGUUUGAUUUGUUCGCCGAAAAGGGAUGGUGUGUUGUUGUCCUGUAAAUAAUAAAUUAUGUCGUUCCAAGGCC